AUAUGAUGGCUUGGUGGGUGCCGAAUGGCCGUAUUUAUAACACUGUGCUUGCGUAGAAAGAUUUGGCGCCAAGUGCCCAAACAAAAUAUACCAACCACUGGAGCUGGCUGUCGCAUUUUCGAAUUCAAUACCCAAGUUCACUGAUAGCCAUCUUUAAUUACGAAGAUCUACUGAUUUAGGAAAGGCAUGUGAGUGACUUUAUUUGAUAUCAUACCAAGAAUUCCGGACAGAACCGUCGACAGCGCCUUUCCCUUCUGUAUGAGUCAACGACGUCCAAGACCAUCGAUCACAGACUGAAACCUGCAGCAUUUAGACCGCAAGAUGCGUGUGACCAUUUUGCCAUACGACGAGUCCUGGGUGACGGAAUUUUCAACAAUUCGAGCUGCCCUCUCCGCCGCGUUGACAACCGUCAAGGUCAUCAGUAUUGAGCAUGUUGGGAGUACAUCCGUGCUAGGAAUGGCUGCAAAACCCGUCAUAGACAUAGACAUCGUUGUUGCAGAAGAAGAUAUCACGGCCGCUACAACUGCACUCGAGCUCAAUGGGUACACUUAUCACGAGGAGACAGCGUCCCUUGACCGAUAUUCGUUCCGAUACAAUAACCACCAGGGCCACGUCAAAGGCACUGAAGAGCAAAUGACCGGGGAGAUUCGGCGGAAUGUGUACAUUUGUGGGCCAGGUUCCCUAUCAUUAAAGAAUCAUCUUGCUGUGAGAGAGGCGCUGAGAAACGAUCGCGAGCUCAGAGAGGAGUAUUCGAGGGUGAAAAUGGAGCUGGCGAAAGACGAUCAUGCAACACUUUCAGACUAUGUGGAUGGGAAAGACGCGGUUCUUCGAAAGGUUUUAAGUAGGGGAGGCUUAUCAAAAGAAGAAAUCGAUGACGUUGAAAAGGCAAAUAUAAGGACAGAACGGAUGACACCGAACUCUUAAUUAUGCCCAUAGUCGAGACUGGCGGCUGGUUCAACUACAGGCAGAGGGAGUAAUUGGCGGAGCGUUAUUUGGGAAAAGUCUAUUUGAUGGUAUCACAAAGCCAGCACGAAAUUGCACCACAGUAUCCUCUGCAAUUACAACAGACAGUAUAUUUCUAUCUUCGUUGUGAUAAUUUACACCAUGAUUGGUCCGUUGAAUUCACCCCACAUAUAUGAGUAUGAACGACG